CAAAAUGCUGCUAAUACUUGUGGUUUCUUUACUGAUCAUCUGCAGCAGCGCAGAGGACAAAGAAAGUGACCUGCUCAGACUGACAGAUAUUUCUGCAGCAGAAGCCUUCAUUGACUCAGCGGAGGUUGUCAUCAUUGGGUUUUUUGAGGCUGAUGAAGGCGAUGGCUACAAGGAGUUUCUUGCUGCCGUUAAAGAAGUAAAAACAAUUCCUGCUGCACUGUGCAGUGACAAAGAGGUUUGGGGCAAAUACAGCAUCAACACGGACACCAUAUCCAUCUUCAGGAAGGCAGAUUUGCAUCAGGAGAACCUUAAUCUAUCAAAGGCGAAAAAACUGGACACGGAUGGAGUCGUCCGCUUUUUCACCAUAAACGACUUACACUAUAUCACAGAGUACAACCAAGUGUCUGCAGUAGGGCUGUUUCAGUCCAAAGUGAAGGUGCACCUUUUACUCUUCGCUAACAGAGGGAGUGAUGAUUACACCCAGCUGAAGGAUAAUCUGGGAGCACUGGCUCCUCAAUAUGCUGGCAAGAUGCUGUUUGUACUGAUAGAUGGGAAAGAAAAGGACAAUGCUCGUGCGCUACAAUACUUCAGUUUAAAAUCUGGUGAUCUGCCGCGUGUAGGCCUCUACGAUGGUGAAUCAGACAGGUCAUGGCUAAUGGUGCGUGGCGAGAUCUCUACUGAGCGUGUGCAGAACUUCUGUGAUUCCUUUCUCAGUGGAGAGCUACAGAAACAAAAGAAGCAUGAAGAACCUGACACAAAGACUGAGCUCUGACUGUAUUUAACGCAUUAAAACUC